AUGGCAUUGAUAGCUCACAUUGUUAAAUGCGGGGUUUGGUAUCUACACCGUCCACUUCACACGUAUCAUCAGUCAGGAAAUUUCAUCAUUGGACACAUUGCUUCUUAUGGUGGCUUCAGUUCCAGCUCAGCAAAAUUCACUGAAGAACCCCCACCAGAAUUGCCUGAAGAGUUUGUAGUGGUGCCCAAGAGUUACCAGCUCAUCCUGGCCUUGACAUUUGCAGUAAAGGAGAUCAAUGAAAACCCUCAGCUAUUACCAAAUAUCACCUUGGGCUUCAACAUCUAUGACAGCUAUGUUGAUGCAAGGAAAACAUAUCAUGCCACAAUGCUACUUUUAUUCACAUUGGAGAAAUUUCUCCCCAACUAUAUAUGUGAUACACAGAAUAAUCUGACAGCUGUCAUUGGGGGUCUUGAUGCCCAGAUCUCCCUUCAUGUGGCAACUAUCUUGGAUAUUUAUAAGGUUCCACAGCUUCACCACUUUCUGAGAGGUGUGUCAUUUAACAACACUGCAGGAGACACAGUUUCCUUUAACCAGAAUGGAGAGAUAAUAUCUGGCUUGGAUGUUAUCAACUGGAUUCUUUUCUCCAACCAAUCCUUUCAAAGAGUGAGAAUUGGGAGAAUAGAUCCCCGGGCUCCCCCAGGCCAAGUGUUCACCCUUGAUGAAGAUGCUAUAACAUGGCAUGGCUGGUUUAACCAGACUCGGCCUCUUUCUGUCUGUACUGAGAGUUGCCACCCCGGUUUUAGGAAGAAAGUGAAGGAGGGGGUGCCAUCUUGCUGCUAUGACUGCAUCCCAUGUCCAGAGGGGAAGAUUUCAAAUCAAAAGGAUACAGAUGAAUGUAAUAAAUGCUUAGAUGAAGACUAUCCAAGCAAGAAUCGGGAUGCAUGCAUUCCCAAGAGUCGGAGCUUCUUGUCUUAUGGAGAACCUUUGGGCAUCAGUUUAGCCUGUUUUUCUCUUUCCUUUUCUCUGAUAACAAUUCUGCUGCUGGGUACAUUUAUGAAGCACCAUGACACUCCUAUUGUCAUUGCAAACAACAGGAACCUCACCUACAGUCUCCUCAUCUCCCUCCUGCUCUGCUUCCUUUGUGCAUUGCUAUUUAUAGGCCAACCUCAGAAGGUAACAUGUCUCCUCCGACAAACCGCUUUUGGCAUCAUCUUCUCAGCGGCUGUUUCUUGUGUAUUGGCAAAAACCAUCACUGUGGUUCUGGCUUUCAUGGCCACCAAACCUGGAUCCAGGAUGAGGAGAUGGGUGGGGAAGGGACUGGCCAACACCAUUGUCCUUUCCUGCUGCUUUGUUCAGGCAGGGAUCUGUGCUGUGUGGCUAGCAACCUCUCCCCCAUACCCAGAUGUUGACAUGCACUCAAUGGCAGAAGAAAUUAUACUAGAAUGUAAUGAGGGGUCUGUGACUAUGUUUUACUGUGUUGUGAGCUAUAUGGGUUUUCUGGCAAUUAUCUGUUUCACCGUUGCUUUCCUCGCCCGGACAUUACCCGACAGUUUCAAUGAAGCCAAGUUCAUCACUUUCAGCCUGUUGGUCUUUUGCAGCGUUUGGCUGUCCUUUAUUCCCUCCUACCUCAGUACAAAGGGAAAAUACAUGGUUGCUGUGGAGAUCUUCUCCAUCUUAGCCUCUGGUGCUGGACUGCUGGGUUGCAUCUUUUUUCCUAAAUGUUAUAUUAUUGUGUUGAGGCCUGAACUGAACAACAGGGAACAACUAAUAAGAAGAAAAGUCUGA